CGUCCCUCCCCGCGUCCACCUCUCGCGAGCCUAUCUAGAUUCUCGCGAUAACUGUUCACCCCGCCCCCUUUCUCUAGGCUGUUGUCGUUGGAGAUUUUCCCACCCAUUUGUGAAAUCUUUAUCAGGCUUAAUUACUCUACAAUAGAAAACAAAAGUGAGGUGCCAUGGGUAACAUUUUUGGGAACCUGCUGAAGAGUCUUAUUGGAAAGAAAGAGAUGAGGAUUUUGAUGGUUGGGUUGGAUGCUGCUGGCAAGACAACCAUCCUGUACAAAUUGAAGCUGGGGGAGAUAGUUACCACUAUUCCGACUAUUGGCUUUAAUGUGGAAACUGUUGAAUACAAGAAUAUCAGCUUUACAGUAUGGGAUGUUGGUGGCCAAGACAAAAUUCGCCCAUUGUGGAGACACUAUUUCCAAAACACUCAAGGACUGAUAUUUGUGGUGGACAGCAAUGAUCGGGAAAGAGUCAAUGAAGCCAGAGAAGAGCUGAUGAGGAUGUUGGCAGAAGAUGAGCUAAGAGAUGCAGUCCUGCUUGUUUUCGCUAAUAAACAGGACCUCCCUAAUGCUAUGAAUGCUGCAGAAAUUACAGACAAGUUGGGUUUGCACUCCCUGCGCCACCGGAACUGGUACAUUCAAGCCACAUGUGCCACAAGCGGAGAUGGUCUUUAUGAAGGCCUAGAUUGGCUUGCCAACCAGUUAAAGAAUAAGAAGUGAAAGCCAGCAGGGAUAUUGUGGGGUGACAACAUGACAAUGGCAGUCAGCCUCCCCUUUUCAGUGAAAAUUAUGCGAAUUAUUCCUUUUUCUACCCCAUUGUUUACCUGUGUAUGUCUCCACCGGUUCAUUGUCUCAUUCAUUGGGUUGUUUUGGAGCAGAUUCUUAAUCCAUUUCUGUUUAAAAUGUCCCAGACUUCUGUCCUUUUUUUAAUAGGAUACUAUUUUUGACUAAUCUCUUGGCACAGUAUUUUAAAGAUGUUUAACGUUGCCAGCAGUGUGACUUGUGUUCCUGCCCUGCUCGCAGCUUGGUUGAAUUUCUUGCUUCCAGUGAAUCCCUGGCUCUGUAUUGAUCUGCACCUGAUUGGGUCUUUCUUGGGCGAUAUCCUUGCUUCUUUCUAAAAGCUCCUUUGUUUUCAGAUCUCUAAGCCUGCUAGGCACAGGUUUUUUUUUUCUUUCCCUUUUGUGUAAGGUGAAUGAAACCAGUCUUUUCUUUUCUCUAUGCUACAGUACCAUUGUUUGCUUUCCUUAAUAACUCCCAAGUGGAAGAUAUAAAUAUAUAUGCACAUUAAAUAUAUACUGAAAGUGGCAUUAAUACAAAAGUGGGAUGAUUUAAGAAAGUUAGGUAAUGGCAGACAUUCCCAGUAAAACUUUUCUUCUUUUGCUUUUUGAUAAGCUUUUAAUUGAAAGAAACCAUCCAACAGCAUUUUUCACAGGCAGAUAUGUGACCCACCAUAAUCAUGACUUCUUAACAGGUUUUACUUUCCAAAAUGUGGUGCUGAUAUGCUGUAUACUGCAGGAGCCAUCAAAGACUGUCCUGUUACAAACAAGAGCAGUUAAAAGAGUUAAGAUACUGAAUACAUGUUGCACUUCUGUAUUCUCACUGGUAAAUAUUUUUAGAUUAUUCUUUUGGUAUAAACCUCCCCAUCCCACCCCAAAACCAUAAAAGCCUUCAGUUAAAGAUUAGGUCACAGUUGUAUAAUGUUAAGUAAAUAAACACGCAGACCAUUCUAUUUAGACAAGUUCUUAAUCAGAUCCUGAUAGGUUUGGUAAUUAGUAGAUUUAUUAAAAUCUCAAGGUUAUAAUAUGAAAUGAGAUUAUCAGAUUUCAAUCAAUGAUUGUAUGACCUAACAAUUAAGUAAAUUGUUAAUAUUUAAAAUAAUGCAACUACCUGUGAGUUGAUAUUAAGCAAAGCUCAAAUGUCUAUCUGCAUUGCUUACAGUUCUGCUGCUUACUUGGAUUUGGCAAUGCACUAUAGGAGGCUUGUUUUUAAAAUUCAUAUGUCAUGCAGAUGGCCUUCAAUGCAGUGUACAAAAAUGGCAAUUUCUUGUGUAAUAUUCCUAUGAUAUAGUCGUGAUACUUUAUGAAUACGAAUGUAGUGUAAGGUUUGGUAGAAAUAGUAACAGUUGACAUUUUUAUGUAUUUUCCGUUGCUGUCAAUUUAGGACAAUAUUGUAAAACAACGCAGGAACCAAAAUGUGUCAUUUUUAAUUUUAUCACCAUUGUUUUCUUAAUAUUAGCCACCUCUUUGGGAACAAGCCAUGAAGAAUAGUUAGUCUGAAGGUUUUUAGAACCCCUCUGCCUUUUAUAAUGCAGUCCCAGAGAGUUUUUCUGCACCGUCAUUCCUAGAAAAAUCAAAACUUGUUUGCAAAACACCAUAAAACAUCCUAUUACUGAGACCAAAACUAGCGGCAUUUAUAUCUGGGCAUUUCUGAAAGUUGAACAGUCUUAAGAGUUUGAGAGGUGUUUUUUUUUGUUUGUUUGUUUACUUUGGGUUUUAUACUAAUGAAGACAUUUGCUGAUCAGCAUAUUUUAAUUUAUUACUAUAUUAUUAAUACUAGAUUAACUUGAUUGAAUCUUUUCAGAAACUGGCUUUACUUCAUAUUUUGUGAUGGGCAGGCACUUCACAUAUUAGAGAUCAAAUAAAUACUGUUAACUUACUUGUUAAUUGGUAAAUGCCAGAUUUUUACAUUGAGUGAUCGUGAUAACAGCUUAACAACUGCAAAGAUAUAGUACUGUUCUCUGGACUUGCAAUCUUAACAACAAAGAGAACUUACCAAACCUAACAGUUCAACUAUGUUAUGGGUGGAGAAGAUUUUUCAAU